GAGCUGGUUCCACAUGCGGACACUGAACACCGCAUUCGACGUACGCGAGAACUGCAGAGGGCAAACGCGAUUGGUGCCGAUGAGGACGCUGGUGAUUCCGCAAUACACAGACAGAGCGGGCGAGGGGAAUCGAGCUGCAACUCAGCCACAUGUUUAAACCACGUAUUUGGACAGAUUUAAUUUGGAAUUCACUGUUUUAAAAGAAGAGGAAGACAUUAAAAUAGCCAAUAGAGACUGCGAUGUUGAUAUGAAUUAUCUGUUGGCGGUCUCACGCGAAAACUAGAGGAGCACAGCCGGCGAAUUCAAGCAGAGCCAAACGAGCCCAACAGCUAGCUAGCUUUAGCCUGUUAGCUACAGUUAGCUCCGGAGCCGCUAAUUCGUCCGCUCUCGCCAGACACCUGCACGCCGCGCUGUCCUGUGUUAUAGCUAGCUAGCCGGUAACAGUUAUUACUGUCGGCUCCUGCUCGAAUAUUUUCAAGUAUUUCUGUUUUAAAUCACGGGCUGACACGAAAGGAGAAGAGAACCGCGACAGGUUGAGGUUGGGACCAGCAGGGCGAAAGAAGCGGUGUCCUCAAGUGUCCGUUCACCAUGGACAACGCACACACAAAGACGGUUGAAGAAGUUUACAGCUUUUUUAACGUGAAUGAAAGCACGGGUCUGAGUUUAGAAGAAGUGAAGAAACAGCGGGAACGAUAUGGACCAAACGAACUGCCGGCUGAGGAAGGUAAAUCCCUUUGGGAACUGGUGGUUGAACAAUUUGAAGACUUGCUUGUGAGGAUCCUUUUACUUGCUGCCUGCAUAUCCUUUGUGCUGGCCUGGUUUGAAGAGGGAGAGGAAACUGUCACAGCCUUCGUGGAGCCUUUUGUUAUCCUACUUAUUCUCAUAGCAAAUGCCAUUGUAGGAGUCUGGCAGGAGCGAAAUGCAGAAAAUGCCAUUGAAGCACUUAAGGAAUAUGAGCCAGAGAUGGGUAAAGUGUACCGCCAGGAUAGGAAAAGUGUCCAGAGAAUCAAGGCCCGGGAUAUUGUGCCUGGGGACAUCGUGGAGGUGGCAGUUGGUGAUAAAGUGCCUGCAGACAUCAGGCUGUCUUCUAUCAAGUCAACCACACUGAGGGUAGACCAAUCAAUUCUUACAGGAGAGUCAGUGUCUGUGAUCAAACACACUGAUCCGGUGCCUGACCCACGUGCUGUCAACCAGGACAAGAAGAACAUGCUCUUUUCUGGCACCAACAUUGCCGCUGGUAAGGCUGUCGGUGUGGUGGUGGCCACUGCUGGCAACACAGAAAUUGGCAAAAUCCGAGAUGAAAUGGCAUCAACGGAGCAGGAGCGCACACCACUGCAGCAAAAGCUGGAUGAAUUCGGACAGCAACUAUCCAAGGUUAUUUCACUGAUCUGCAUUGCUGUGUGGAUCAUCAAUAUUGGACAUUUCAAUGAUCCUGUCCAUGGAGGCUCCUGGAUUCGAGGCGCUGUCUACUACUUCAAGAUAGCUGUGGCUCUGGCAGUUGCUGCUAUCCCUGAGGGUCUGCCUGCUGUCAUCACUACUUGCUUGGCAUUAGGAACACGCCGCAUGGCCAAGAAGAAUGCCAUUGUCCGUAGUUUGCCCUCUGUGGAGACACUUGGCUGUACAUCUGUCAUCUGCUCUGACAAGACUGGAACACUGACCACCAAUCAGAUGUCUGUGUGCAGGAUGUUUAUCAUUGACCGAGCAGAGGGUGAGCACUGUUCCUUAAAGGAAUUCACUGUCACAGGCUCCACAUAUGCCCCAGAUGGAGAAGUGUUCCAUGAUUGCAAACCAGUCAGAUGUUCCCAGUAUGAUGCCUUGGUGGAACUGGCCUCUAUCUGUGCUCUCUGUAAUGACUCCUCCUUGGACUAUAAUGAGACCAAGGGUGUGUAUGAGAAGGUGGGUGAGUCCACAGAGACAGCUCUCACAUGCCUGGUGGAGAAGAUGAAUGUGUUUGAUACCGAUGUUAAAGGCCUGUCCAAGAUUGAACGAGCAAACGCGUGUAAUACUGUGAUCAAGCAGCUGAUGAAGAAAGAGUUUACCUUGGAAUUUUCCAGAGACCGGAAGUCCAUGUCUGUGUACUGCACUCCUAAUAAAGCCCGCUCCUCUGUUGGCAAGAUGUUUGUAAAGGGUGCUCCUGAGGGAGUGAUUGACAGGUGCACACACAUCCGUGUAGGUAGUAACAAAGUGCCGUUGACACCUGGCAUCAAGGAAAAACUUAUGUCUGUCAUCAGGGAAUAUGGAACUGGCAGGGACACUCUGCGCUGUCUGGCUCUGGCCACCCGAGACAACCCCAUGAGCAAAGAUGAACUGGCAUUAGAGGACUCCACUCGCUUUAUAGAGUAUGAGACUGAUCUGACAUUUGUCGGCUGUGUGGGCAUGCUGGAUCCUCCCAGGGCAGAGGUGGCAGCCUCUAUUAGACUCUGCCGUCUUGCAGGCAUCCGAGUAAUUAUGAUCACUGGAGACAACAAAGGGACGGCAGUGGCUAUCUGCAGACGAAUUGGUAUCUUCGGUGAGGAGGAUGACGUGUCCAGCAUGGCUUUCACUGGCCGAGAGUUUGAUGAUCUGUCACCUGCUGCACAGCGAGAAGCUGUGGUGAAGGCUCGCUGCUUUGCUCGUGUUGAGCCUUCACAUAAAUCCAAGAUUGUCGAGUACCUGCAGUCCUAUGAUGAGAUUACAGCUAUGACUGGUGAUGGAGUAAACGAUGCUCCUGCUCUAAAGAAGGCUGAGAUUGGCAUUGCCAUGGGCUCAGGCACAGCUGUGGCAAAGACGGCCUCUGAGAUGGUGCUGGCUGAUGACAACUUUGCCACCAUUGUAGCUGCAGUCGAGGAAGGCAGAGCCAUUUAUAACAACAUGAAACAGUUCAUCAGAUACCUCAUCUCUUCAAAUGUGGGCGAAGUUGUCUGUAUCUUCCUGACUGCAGCUCUGGGGUUCCCUGAAGCUCUUAUCCCUGUUCAGCUGCUUUGGGUCAACUUGGUGACUGACGGUUUGCCUGCCACCGCCUUGGGCUUCAACCCACCAGACUUGGACAUCAUGAACAAACCCCCACGCAACGCUCGCGAGCCACUAAUCUCUGGAUGGCUGUUUUUCAGAUACCUAGCCAUUGGAUGUUAUGUGGGCGCUGCCACUGUUGGUGCUGCUGCCUGGUGGUUCGUUGCUGCUGAGGAUGGACCGAGGAUAACCUUUUACCAGCUGAGCCACUUCCUGCAGUGUGGUGCAGAGAAUCCAGACUUCCAGGAUCUGGACUGUAAGAUGUUUGAGUCCCCAUACCCUAUGACCAUGGCCCUGUCUGUGCUGGUCACCAUUGAGAUGUGCAAUGCCCUAAACAGCGUGUCAGAGAACCAGUCUCUGCUGCGUAUGCCUCCCUGGGAGAAUGUGUGGCUGCUGGGAGCCAUCUGCCUCUCCAUGUCUCUUCACUUCCUUAUCCUCUAUGUGGAGCCUCUUCCAAUCAUCUUCCAGAUCACCCCCCUGAAUCUGACACAGUGGCUUAUGGUGCUCAAGAUCUCGCUGCCUGUCAUUCUGCUGGAUGAGCUUCUCAAGUUUGCUGCCAGGAACUACCUGGAGCCUGGUAAAGACCUGGAGAAGCCUGCCAGCUCCAAGGGCUGCUUCCUGUCUGCAUGUUGGCUCUCAUAAACAAAACAAAAAAAACGUAUCAAAAUUUCAGAGUUGGCUCAGAGGCUGGAGUCGUCCUACCAUCCAGCAUGUGUGCUCACUCUAACUUCACACACCCCAGACACCAUGACGACCAGCAGUGUGUACCUUUGUACCGGGCGUUUUCAAAAGGAUUUUUCACAGUAGUAAAAGACCAAAUACAUAAAGGGUAUUACUUUAAAAAGUGGUUGGGCUGGAAACACAGUUCCAUUGGCCCCAUGCAUUACGACACACGAACACACUUUAUACCUCUGUGUGCAGAUGCUAUAUCAAUAUGACACUAUUCCAGUUUUGUGUGCAGGGAAGUUCUCAACACCCUCAACGUCCUUUCUUGCAUGAAGAGUUUGUUUCCAACUUUCAUGGUAGUUUAGAGAAUCUGGGUUGAAUGGUCUUAGCUGUACAUCAGUGUACAAAAAUCAUGCAUGCGUUUAAGCUGUAUGUAGGCUUUGCAAUUUGUAUUUAUAGAUUCUAAUGUAUAAUACUCCAGUGACAUAUUAAGAUGGUUUUAAGAUGGAUAUAUCAUAGAUAUUGGGAAAUCACUGUUUUUAUUGUAACGGUUUGGGUAAUUUGCACAAUAUUAGACGACGAAAAUUGACUCAUGCUGAACCUGACUGUGCUCUACUUGAGUUUGAAUUUUUUUUUUUUUUUUUUUAAACUUUGCCCCCACCUCUUGUUAACUACUGUAGGCUGAUCACUGAACUAUUUUUACUUUUUAAUGAAUUAGUCUUUUUCAAUAAGGACUAUAGACUGACACUUUGAUUCAUUGGUUAAUCCUGCAACAACAAUGUUCUUUUUUCUUUUUGCCUCUGCAUUAUCAUCAUCAUCACCAUGUAUCUUUAUCAACUGCUGUAAAACUGUGAUCUAAUGUGAGGGGACCUGUGCAGUCCCCUCAGCAACUCCUGGUCGAAGAACAAUAUUAACCAUAUGAAAAAAGGCGAUCAUUAUAGAAGAUUAAUAAUGAUUGUACAUGCAUUACUGAAGUUGUGGU